AUGCCUAUCUUUUCGAGUUUGAAUAGCUUUGUAAGACGCCAUAAGAAGAAGUUAAUAGUAACAGCAACUUUGACGUUCUCGGCAUACUUUUUGGUCAAUCAAUUUAUCAUUAAGAAGUUCAAGAACUUCCAAAACUCGUUGAGACAAGAAUUGUUUGUUAAAGAACAAAUUAAACGAAGAUUUGUUCAAACACAGAAUGAUUGCUAUUUAACAAUAUUAGCUUUACUUCCUGUGUUAACUCAACCAAUUGUGAACCACUUACCUAUUGAAUUAAUUACCCAGGCAUUGAAAUUGAAAAAGACCAACUCGAAUCCCACACCUCAAGAAAUAUCAGAUUCUUUAUUGACUACAGAUAACUUAACAAUGCAUCAAAAUGCCAGUGAUUCAAGUGAUUUAUCGCACUAUAUGAGUUUAUCGAAGACAGAAUUAUGGAAGUUAUUGAAAAUCAAGACAUUAACUAGAACAUUAACUUUGAUGUAUUCUAUAUCAGGAUUGUUGUUGUUAACCAGACUUCAAUUGAAUAUCUUAGCUAGAAGAUCAUAUUUGGAAAGUGCUAUUAUAUUAGCAGGCGGUAAGGUUAAUGAUACGGAAACCUCUCAAGAUUAUUUCAUCGAACAAUCCUAUUUGUCAUUAAGCUGGUGGCUAUUAAAUAAGGGUUGGUUGAAAAUAAGUGAUUUAGUUGAAAAGGUUGUUACUGAAAAAUUCAACUCUAUCAAUGCCAGAACUGAAUUAUCCAUUAAUAAGUUUGAUGAUCUUUUAUGUGAAAUCGUUAAUGAUUUAUCUACGAACAACAAUCAAGAAAUUUUGAAUGCCAUUUUCCCAAUCACCUACGAUAAUUUAAUAGAGAGUUUAUUAAACACAAACCCUGAAUUAAUUAAAGAAUUAGACAUAGAAGACUCGAUAAUGCUCAAACUAAUCAAUGAGACUACUUAUCUAGUCAGCAACGAAGCAUUCGGAGAUAUAUUGAUAAACAUGGUGGACAGCUGCAAAUCCACGCUAAUCGAAAACUUGUUAUUGAGUUUAGACCCAGAGAAUGCAUAUACAAACCAGGAGAAGGUAAUCGAUAUUUCGAACAUAAAGCAAUUCAAAUUGGCCAAUUUAUUGGCUCAGUUGAGUAUCCAAUGUGGAGUUUUAUGUGAUAAUAAUAACUUAACGAAUGAUAAUUUCAGUAACGAAUUAUCAGGUAAUAUCUACAUGAAUAAUUUGAAUGAGAUUGAGAGCUUAGAUGAGUUUAGUGCCUCCAUUUAUUCAAAUUUUGAGUAA